AUGAUCAAACGGUAUAACAGUUGCUCUACAACAACAUCUAAAUGGUCAGAUGUAAUUAAGAACAGUGUAGAGAUUGCAUCAGAACCCAUAAGAACAUACCUGCUGAACACAGUCCAGGAAGAUCUGAAUAAUGAAGGAACGGUUAGAAUAUACACAUUUGGAAAAAAGGACUCCCAAAAAAGGAACAGGACAAUCCUGAUCAUUGGAGAAACAGGAACAGGGAAGUCUUCAAUCAUUAAUAUGGUGGUCAACUACAUGCUAGGUGUAGAGUGGGAAGACAAGAUCAGGUUUGAAAUCAUUCCAGAUGAAGGCACCAUACGCCAGACUGAAUCUCAGACCAUUGCGAUUACUGCCUAUGAGAUUUUUGGACUGUCUGUUCCUUUUUCCCUCACAGUCAUUGAUACACCAGGAUAUGGAGACACAGGUGGGCUUGAGAAAGAUCAAAGUAUUUCUCAGAAUCUGUACAAGUUAUUCAAUUCCACAAGGGGCAUUCAACAAAUAGAUGUAGUUUGCCUUGUGGUGAAGGCAACUGAAAAUCGCCUCAGUCCCAACCAGAAGUACAUCUUUGAUGCCAUCCUGUCCAUCUUUGGGAAGAACAUGGAGAAAAACGUCAUGACUCUCAUCACCUUCUCAGACUGGUUGUCGCCUUCAGAAGCUCUUGAGGCAAUUACUGAGUCUGGUUUCCCUUUUCCCAAAAAUGAAAACAAUGAACCUGCUCACAUCCUGUUCAACAACAUUUCUUCAAGGAAAUAUCAGAAGAAAUGUGAAAACGUAUAUAAAACGAGCUGGGAUAACAGAAUUGAGAGCAUGAGGGAGUUCUUCCAGACUUUGUAUCGAAUGGAAACUUAAAGCUUGAGGAUGACUGAAAAUGUCUUGAAGGAACGUACGAGACUGGAAGCUUGUAUCCAGAGCUGUGAGAGUCAGAUCGAGGUCGUGGAGAUGAAGCUCAAGGCACUUGAGAAAGUUAAGAAAACUCUGGAAGAGCACAAAGAGGACAUGAGAAGGAAUAACAACUUUCAAUAUAAAUACACAACUGUAGUCAUGAAGAAGGUCACAGUUCAGGCAACGACACUGUGCUGCACCAAUUGUAAGGUAAACUGCUAUCAUCUGUGUACAUGGGUAUCUGACCUAAGCUGGGUUCAUGUAAUGAAAAAAGAGAAAUGUACGGUCUGUCCCGGAAAAUGCAGCUAU